AUGCACGAGGAGUCUACGGUGGAAACACCCCACACAUCGGGACGAGCCAAUAACAUCGCCGACUUUACUUUUCAUACUUCAGUCAAAGCAGCAAACUCCUCAACCCUCAAUUCCUUUUACUCAAACAUGAAUUUUCUGUUUGGCAAGCCCUUAACCCUCAACCAUAUCGUCGCACUCGAAUGCCAGCUGCGACACACCAUAGUUAAGUAUCGUUUGUGGAGUCAAGAUCUUGCUGUUGCCUUGAACUUCCGGCAUAUACUUAACCAUUUAAGUCAUACUGUUAGAAUACCUGAAAGACUCGCCGAAAUUAUUAAAAUUGGACGUACUAGAAGUGUGCUCCUACAUAAAAAAACAACAACACUGCAUGUGAUCCGCAUUCUUCCAAUUAUUACCGCAGACAUAGGCAGAAUACGUUCAGAGGUGAUCAGAUUCUUUGCGCACGGACGAUAUCUAUUUGUUCGUUUUGGCUCGUGUACUCGUCCGAUACGAGAAGGUGGCUUUGGGGUCCUCAACCCACAGACACAGUACUAUUUGUUACAAACUCGAUGGAUCCUUCCAUUACUCGACCAAGCCACCCCUCUGGAAUUUGCUGGACCAAUCCUUUCAUAUCUUCUUCGACAGUACUAUGACACGAGCGACCCACUCCUCCCCGUAGUUUUUCCUGAGCUGCGGUCAUCACGCAUCAAUUCCUUUAGUAUAUUUCCUACUUUUUUUCGGGCUAUGAAAAUUUUGCAACUCUCUCUUGAAUGGUCAACCAUUAACCGCGCCACCGCACAGGAGCUGCCACUCAGCGCCGUUUUCGACCCCUCCUACCCUCUCCCGAUAUAUGUCUCAUGUGGUAAACUGCGCGUAAACGAUGCCUUCUCUUAUUAUUACACCAUUGGGUGUAUACGCCGGCGUCAUACUAAUAAAGAACUCUACUUGCCUGAGUGGUUCUCGCUGCUCACAGUCUCUCCACCGCGGGAUAGUAAUUCAAGAAUGGCCUCUUUCUUUCCGACUUCACCUCGCCACCUCCAAAAUUUCCUUUCAUCAGGGAUAGGUGACGUCCCCCAACUUCACAACCUCUCUGCUAAAGUGAUCCGUGCAUAUGUACGACCGCCCCUUGCACAAAUGACCCAUACCUCUUCUGGGCUUGCUAGCAUAAAAGGUCAAUAUGACACCAAGCUACAACUCGGUUCCUGGACACUCCUGUCAUCUUCACAUUUAACCACCUUCUUCUCCGCUCUUCCCUGCAGUCGGUUAAGGUCUGCAAUACCACUGUAUCCUCACAUAUUGUUCUGGGAUGCACUCUCGGUGCAAUUUGGGGAAGCUCACUUCCAAUAUAUAUUCAACGACGUCCCAUUUGUCAACAGCCGAGUUGCUGCUAUUGCAGUUUUGCACACUAGAGGACUAGAAUUAGAAGAACAUAUUAUAAGCACUACUUGA